AUGACGGAACCUGGGUUGCGUCAGAUUGCAGAUACUCCCCCUCAGGACCUUGGUGAUCUCGAGAUAGGGCUAGAGAACACUGUCCCAACAUCGACAACACAAUCGAAACUUGGUAGCCAAGAUCCUAUAUCAUAUUUGUAUCUAACCCUCGACACUCCCCUGCCAACAGUUCCUUCAUAUCAUGGAUCGAACCCUUCUAUCACCGCAAGCCUGCCACAAUGUCCAGACCUGCGACCGUACGCAUCCCCUUUUACCAUGCCGCGGGCACGGAAGAACAUUAUGCUCGCGCUGUCGUGUAUCGCCACCAUGCUCACAGCAUACACGGCUGGAACUUAUUCACCCCCCUCUCGAGCAAUGGCUAAGGAUAUAGGAGCAAGUCACACAGCAACACUUGUUGGAAUCACUACCUUCUGUGCGGGCUUUGCCUUUGCUCCCAUGGCGCUCGCACCAAUUUCUGAGAUCUGGGGUCGACGUCCAGUUUUUAUCUUGGCUGGCUUUGUCUUUGUCAUCUUCCAAGCCGUCUGCUCUGUCAUGCCAAACUUGGUUGGGAUGCUGAUCGCUCGCUUCUUUGUUGGUGUCGGCGGUUCUGUUUUCAGUUCAGUCGUCGGUGGAGUCAUCGCCGACCUCUGGGAGAAGGAAGAGAGAAACACCCCUAUGGCACUGUUCAGUGGUUUUGUGCUCUUCGGCACCGGACUUGGACCCUUGGUGGCGGCUGCUUUCGUCAACGACUUGGAGGAUGACACCCUGGCCUGGAAAUGGUCAUUCUGGCAUCAAGUCAUCUUGGACGGGCUGCUGUUGAUUGCUAUCGUGGCGCUUUUCAAAGAGACUCGGGGGUCAGUGCUGCUAUCGCGGAAGGCUAAGAAGUUGAAUGAAUGGUACCAGAAAUUGGAGGACGCAGGAGUCUACGGAAUUUGGGUUACUGAUGCCCAGGAAAACGGCAGCAACAGCUUAUCUGCAUCAAGCGUCGAGACCUUGACAGAACACGAUACAAAAGUCGAGUACGGCCAGAGAAGCAACCUACGAAGGAUUCGGUGGCUUGUGGAAGCCGAUGAGCAGCGGCCUCCUCUUCUUCAGAUGAUGGCCACCUCCGUCAAAAGGCCUUUCUAUCUUCUCUUCACCGAGCCUGUCGUCUUUUCCUUCUCUCUCUGGGCCGCAUUCUCAUGGGCCGUUCUCUACCUGUCUUUCUCCGUCGUGCCAUAUCUGUACAGCGACAACUACAACAUGUCUAUGCGCAUCUAUGUCGCAAUGAUGAUUUCAGCCAUCGUUGCAACGACGGUGGCUAUUCUUCAAGAGAAUCUCAUGAAACACCCUCUUUGGUCUGGUCCUUGCCACGAGAAAGAAGUCCCACGGUUCUGGCGAUUCAUGAGGAAGCACUUCCCUGCAGACUCCCCCGAGGCUCGGCUAUACUUUUCAUGUAUGACGUCGCUUCUUCUUCCCGCCGGCUUAUUCGUUGCGUUCCUGAGUCCUGCCAGCACGAGCCACUACACGCAGGCUAUUGGAAUUGGUUUUGCGAACUGGGGCAUUUACUCGGUGUACCUCGCCACGUUCAAUUAUCUUGCCGAUACGUACCACAUGUACGCCUCAUCAGCACUCGCUGCACAGAGCUUCAGCCGCAAUGUGUUGGGCGGCAUAUUCCCGGUCUUGACUGGCAUAAUGUUCGACAACCUUGGACUGAGAACGGCUGGAUGUGUGUUGGGGGGCAUUGCUUCUGUACUCACACUCGUCCCGUGGGUCUUGAUGAUUUUCGGAAGCAGAAUUCGAGCCAGAAGCAAGUUCGCAAUUUCUUUACAAAAGCAAUGA